UCUGAACAGUUCUCCAGCCAGCCCUCCCCUUACUGUGAUACUGUACACUGCGAGCCGUGGAAAUAACAGUUUCAAAAAAGGAGAACCAUUUCCGGCAAAAUACACACGCCUCUGUGAGCACUGAUGUCAACACGGCGAUGAGGGGAGGACCAGGUGAGAGGUUCGCCCGUGCAAUCGCCCAGUCCUCCGCAAUCUCGGCGGCUCCAUGACCCCAGCUCCUCGGGACCCCGGCUCCCCACACUCCAGAACUUGCUCCAAGUUUAGCCUGGAGUGUUACGCGUCAACGUUAAGUGAAGCCCCGCCGAGACGCCGGAGGGAUCCCUGCGGUGAUGGCCAAGAGCCGGUCUCCAGACACCAAACCCAGAAUCAGGACCAAGUUCGCUGAGUAUGUAGGUUCCUUCACUGUGGAGGAUCAAGAUCUUGAAGGAAUGACAUGGCGGAUUCAUCAACAGCUUCAUUUGCUCAAGAAGUUUCCUCGAAAAAUGGCAGUAAUACUGAAAUUCUCAUCACAAGGAAUAAAGAUGUAUAAUGAAAAUAAAGAGAUACUAUUGAUGGCUCAUGCCCUGAAAAGAAUCUUAUACACCACGUGUCAACCAUCUGACUGUCAGUUUGCAUUUGUCACACGCAACCCCUGCAGACCACCAAGUGAGCUCUUCUGCCAUCUGUUUGUCACUGCGGAGCCAAAUGAGGCAACGAUGCUCAAUUUGCAGCUGUGCCGGAUGUUCCAGGUUGCUUGCUGCAUGAAAUACAAAAGGGAACAACAAAGUAGUGCACCUGUCAUUAAUUGCUCUAAUCAGGAAACCCUCUUGGAACCAAGUUCCCCAGUACUUUCAACAAGACACGUGAAAGAGCGUUAUGGUGAUCUGGAGGUUUCCCUGAAUGUCAGUGCCUUGGUGACCUUUAGGAGAAUACCACGAGAAGAGGAAAUCAGAGCAAAAGAAGUAGUAAAGCAAAGUGACCAGGAUGCGGAGGAAACCUUUAAAAGUGAAAACUAUGGAUAUCGUACCAGCAGUCCAAAUGCAUAUGAUCCUUCUAGUGGUACUAAGGCCCAAACAAAAGAAAUGGAUCCACUGGAAGACUGUCCAUUCUCUUCACUAACGCUGGUACGUAAGAAAGCUAUACGCAACAAAGGAAUCAGGUCAGGAGCUUACAGGAGCUCGACCUUCAAGAGACAAUUCCAACAAGCACUUGCAGAUGGCUACAGUUGCAGGUGGGGAGACGAACUCUUGGAAUCCUGGAGAGCACUUGCUCCACUACAGCAUGAAGAAGUCCUAAUGGACACUGUUUGGGCCAGUGCUGGGAUACCCAGGGAUUGUGCCAUAGAACUUUUAAAACGUGAUGUUCUGGGAGCUUUCUUACUUUGGGUGAAUCCUGGCCCUCUGAAGUGCUGGACACUGAUGAUGCGGACCCCAUUUGGUGUGAUAAACUACAUGAUCUGUAAAAAUGAUGAAGGCAAAUAUUAUCUUGAGCAUCUGAAUACAGAAUUUCCCAGCUUAAAAGCCUUGAUAGAACAUUACACAACAAUUGAUGAUGGUCUGUUUUGUUGCUUAAGUGCUUCAAGGGUGAAUCAUUGUUAUGAAGAACAAGAUUGUACAGAAUGUGACGGCUUGUAUCCAACUCAAACCAAACCUGAAGGCAGGUUUCUUCAAACUAACAAGUAAAUCUUCCAUGAUCUGAAAAGGUUGGUUUCUGCUGAUCAUAACAACAGACUGCCUGCAGAUUAUAUUGUGCAGAAUGGUUUAGGAAAAUCAACUGCCAAUAAACUUGAACUUGCCACAGACAGCUUCUUGAGUUGUCGUGAUGUUAUUCACUUUUGCAGCUGUUCUAGAGUGACACUUUAUGCAAUAGCAUGCCUCAGAAGUUGUAAGAAUAAGACUUGCUUAUGGCUUUAACUGGAUAUCUGUACCUUCACAUGUGUUUUCUCAAUCCUUCCAAAUCCAGACUGAGUUAACAUUCGAUGAGGUAAGACAUAGAUCAUUAUGCUGCAUUAUUUCACAACAAAUAGACAUUGAUAGCAACAGUUAUAAUCAAAUUAAUAUCAUUCAAUAGAUAGAAAAUAUUUCUUUCAUAAUCGUAUAAAAUAGAGAUGCAGAUUCCCCACAUCAGUGAGUAAUCUUUAUGUGAUGUGAGCAAGAUGUUUUGACCCUCCCAUAUUUUUAAACUUCAUUACCUCAGUAAAAGGCUUCUCAGCUUCAGCUUCAAUAGUAUUAACUGUCUUUCUGUUUCAAAAAAAAAGAUAGAAUGUUUUUUGUGUCCUUGUAUUGUCUUUGUAAUGAGAUAAGUCUGAAAAAAGAGAUCAAUGGAUUUUCCAGCACAGGUUGUGCUAUCACUUGAUCUCAUUUGGAAUAUUGCCGAUGUUUCACAUUGUUUUCAGAUAGUGCCUUUAGAAAUGUGAGAUCAUACAUUUAAAGAACAAAUAAUAAUUUCAUUUUCAAAUCUUUUCCAUGUAAAUAUGAUCAAAGAUUCUAGAAUGUGUCAGAAAACUUUAGAUUAUUGGAGACACAAGAGGCAGCAGAUGCUGAAUCUGGAGCAACAAUCUGUUGGAGGAACUCAGCGGCUUGAACGACAUCUGUGAGGGGAAAGGAACUGCUGAUGUUUGGGUCAAAACCCUGCAUCAGUCCUGUCAAACGUCAACAAUUCCUUUCCCCUCACAGAUGCUGCUCAAGGUGCUGAGUUCCUCCAGCAGAUUGUUUGUAACUUUACGUUAUUAAUAAUUAAAUUAAAGUGUCCAAAUAAAGACCAUUGAACGAUUGUAUCAAAUACUUAUACAUAUAUACAAGGGCCAGUAACGUUUUUAAUAACGAUUCCAUUUAAUUUCUGUAUUAGCAAUGUCCUCAUUAGUUUUAAAAUGGUUAUAAUGAAUUUAUUCAAUUAUCCAAUGAAAAUCAGUUUUGGUAAAGCUGGUCCAAAGCAAUAAGUAAUCUUGUUGUUCGCUUUGCAUUUCACUAAAAUUAUGACAUUAAUUUGUUUAGUUUAUGUAUUAUAAUUAUAUAUAGUUCCUCAUACACAGUAUUGAAUAUACAAUAAAUAUAAAGUCAUCUGAGUUGUUUACUUUUUAAAUAUGUGGUCUUAAAGAUCCAGGAUUAUGUGGGCUAAUUAUUCCUCAUUAUUUUGAGCUGACCCUGUGAUUUCACAGAAAACACAGAAUGUGACUGUAUUUUGCUACUUUACUUAAGGUAUGUA